AUGGAGCUUGUGUUAGCUGCUUCAGAUCCGACGCACCGCAAGCGAAGCAUUCGAGCCAAAAGAUAUCACGCAGCAGCGGUGAAGCUCCCGGUUGCUCCCGGCUUCCAAGGUACCUUAAUUGCAGGUCAAACCGCCGAAAUGGAAAUUCAAGAAUCUAAAGAAAUGAACCAACGGAUAUCCUCAGAACCCUUACGGUUAUAG